CAGUGAGUUAAUGGUGGUGUUGGAGUGAGGCGCGCUGAAGACGACACGGAGACAAAAUUUGGGAACUUUCAUAUGUUCGAAAACAAAAAGGUUAUCUUCCCUCCCCCCCAGAAAAUAUCAACUGAGUUUCAGCCAGAGUGGAACUUUAACGGCCGCUGACAGUUCUUUGCGAAGGGACUUAUUUGAAGUUGGCUCGGGCAGGGAAGAUUUUCGACAGCGUUGUGACGAAGAAACAUUUUUUUUCUCUUUAUUUGGGAUAGCGGUUCUUCGGAAGGGACAGUCGGGGGGAUCCGGAUUUUUAAAGUGUGGAGAGGGGGGGGGCACGAAGGUGGAUUGCCUGCUUCGAAAGCGCUGUGAGUCUCGGGAGGAUUUUUUUUUUUUGGAAAAGGGCGGUUUUUAAACGCCUCCAGCGGCAGCCUUUUCGUCCCCGGGCCGGGGCUGAGGCUCCGGAGAGCCGGGAGUGAGUCUCCCCGCAGCCCGGUGUGGAGCGAGGCCUCAGGCGACAAUGCUCGAAAUUAUGGCCGAGCAUCAAGAUACCCUCCUGAAAUGCAAAUCGGAGCCUCUGGUGAGUAGCAGCGGCAGAUAAUAAUAAUGGAGUGUUUAUCUUUGGCGAGUUGGGAGUCACAUGACGCAUGCGGCUCCGGCUGCUUCUGAGUGGAGACCAACGGCGAGGCGGUUUCUCUGUGUCGGGGACUCCCGUCUGCUUUUCCGCCUUGCUUUGGGAAGGGGGGGCGCUGUGUGAUCGGACGGGAUAAAUCAGUAGUUCUGAGGAGGGCGAACUGAGCCGACGGGAUUCCACCGUGGGGUUUUCCGAGUCGUGACCGCGGUCCACCCCAGAGCGCUCGUUAUCUAGCCGGGUGGGUGGGUGCCGGCUACAGCCCGGAUGAACUGAGGCCAGUGACGCUGUGAAGUGCGCCUGGGCUCGCUGAGAUCUGCUAUAACGCUGUCACGGCAGUCGUCUCUCAGCGUCUGCACCGAGUGUGACGGGUUCUAGGCUGGGCCGGAGGAAGCUGCUUUCAAGAACUGAACGUCAUCGCAAGGACGACUUCUGCAUGAUGUGUCGUUUGUGUGGCGAUUGCCCGUGUAACCUUAGGAACGGAAUCCCUUGCAAACGCUCUGUAACGUGCAUUGCGUCCCGUGUCCGGUUCCGGUACCGAUUGCAUGGAGGGAAGCCGCCGAACCGGACGCGUCUGUUCUGCAGAUGAAUUGGGAAUCGGCUCACGGGCUGGAAAUAGCCAGCAUCUGCUGUGGAUUGUGGUGGGCGGGGGGGGCUUUUACCUUCAAACCCGCUUGAAUUGUAAGGAGAGAGCGCGGCCCGACUCCGGUGCGUGGUCCGGAGUGGAGAAGGCAUUGCCUGCUGGCGGCGGCGAUAAUAGAAGAUGCCGCUCCAGGGAGAGAGAGGGUGACGACGAUGAAGCCGUUGUACCCGGAGCGUGCUCUCACCGGGAUCGGGGUGCAGGAGAGCCUGGGAGGGGUGGCCUGGACAGAUCUGGAGGUCCGGUACCGUCGUCGCCGGAUCGAGUGGACGCGGGCCCAUCCACCCCCAGAGAGGAGGAAGAGGACAGUAGAAGACUUCAAUAAGUUCUGCAGCUUUGUCUUAGCCUACGCCGGCUACAUCCCUUCCACCAAAGAGGAGCCCUCAUGGUCUCCAGCCUCCUCCAGCUCCCCCAACAGCAGCUCUGGUGUUUCAGGGGAAGGAGUGGGCGUGGAGGGCUGGCCGCACGCCGCCUCCGACUUGCACACUAUCCAGACCUUCGUGAGGAAGGCCCGUGCCUCCAAGGGCAAGAGCCUGCGGCGGCUUCACUCGGACAGCACCCUGCUGGACAAGAUGAGGCUGAAGGACUCCCUGUUCGAGGGCCAGCGCAGCGCAGGCCCCAAGGCGGAGCGCAAGAAAGACAAGAAGCUGAAAAAGUUGUCCCUGGGCGGGAGGGAGGAGAAGCGUGCGCGCAUCAAGCGCAGCAAAAACCCCAAGCCCACCAAGGGCCUGAAGAAGCUCAAGAGCAGCUCCGCCCACAGCGAAACGGACUCUGAGACGGGCCCCGCCCAGGAGGAGGGGCACAGUCCCGCGGAGGAGCCGACGGAGCCCAGGAAGGCCAAUCAGAGUGGAGGGGAGGGGCUGGUGGAAAUGCUUGGUGGGGAGUCAACCCGGGAGGCGGAGCUCAGCUCCAGUGAGGGCGAGACUUGGAUCGCGGAUGAAGACAUCAUGGUGGAAUCAGGGGACGACUCGUGGCACCUGAUCACCUGCUACUGCGGCAAGCCCUUCGCAGGACGUCCCAUGAUCGAGUGCAACCAGUGCGGCGUCUGGGUGCACUUGUCCUGCGCCAAGAUUAAGAAAUCCAAUGUGCCCGACAUCUUUUACUGCCACAAGUGCAGGGACUCUCGGCAGGACCGGCGCUCGGGGCACAAGAAAGACCCCUGAAGAUGAGGGCCCACCCUCCCGCGUCCCCCGUCCCUACCCACACUUGCACACAAGGA